UAUCUUCAGCUGAUAGCUUGCUUCGAAGUGCUUUUUCCAUUCCGGUCAUAAGCCCCCUCGGAUAAACCCGUCCGUUUAUAAGCCCUACUAAAAACCUUUUACAACGAUGUAUAAUCCCAGGGGUUAUAAGCGGAAGUUAAAGGUAUUUCAUAAUGCUUAUUCUGCUCGGCUUCGCCAAGAUCGGACUUUCUCUUUGCUGCUGUUUGUCAAAGUGAUUGAUUCUCACAAGAUUAUACUGUCUGAGGAAGAGAGACCCUGGAAGGAAUUGAAAAAAGGAUGAACGAAGAUGAGAAAGAGAAGCGAAAAAACCGGUUAUUACUGCUAGUGGGAGAGGAUAGUGGACAGGGGGGUAGAGACAAGGACAAAAUUGGCGGUGGGGGGGGUAGGGGGGGCGGGAGAGGAAAUAGUGGAAGAUGGGAGUUCUGAAAGGGCGGGAAGCGAGAGAGAAGGGAGAAAAUACGCAAUAAUGAAACAAUGCUUUUAAAAUAUUUCGCAAUCGAAAAAGGGCAAAAAGGAGGAGGACAAGGAAAAACUGAAGCGGGAACCCGGAAUGUGAGGGGCGGGAGCGAGGAAUGUGAGGAUCGGGAAGCGGAAACUUGGACCUCCCGCCGGCUCCCGCCUCCCGGUAACCCUGCUAGCUAGCUGCUCUAAGCCAAUAAGCAAAGUAAUACACACAUAUGCACGAUGUAAUACGCAUGUGCCUUUGAUUUCAUCAUCAUCAUCAUUAUCACCGCCACCACCACCACCACCACGCAUACGCGUGUAAUCAUCAAGGCGGCUUCAGCGACGCUGAACACCUGGUUAUCCAGUUUUCUUUUAACUUCAUCACACAAAAAUGCUGGUGUGUACUAUUUUUACCUAACGACAAAACAUAAGUGAAAUAAAAGAGAAUAAAACGCGUUAGCGGAUUCAAACGCAACGAAAUGGACAAUUUUUCAUUUUGUUUUGGCAUUUGCCCUAUUGCGUUUGAGUUGAAGUAGUUCACAUAAGCUUUUUCUUUGGUUUGCUCUUGAGUUCGCAUCACUUUUGAUUGCAAAAGGAAUACGUCGGUGGAGAAGAAUUUUAAAAACCUCGUUUACGCUCCCCACCCCCGACAUGUCGUAAUGCAAGCCACGUGCUUCUUACCUGACGUCACAGUGCGUGGUUACUCAACCGGCCGUCCACUGACAUCUCGACCGGAGUUGAAAAAUCUCGUUGAGUGCAAAAAGUUCAUUGUCGUUCGCUUUUUUGCCGAAUUUCAACAACCAUUGUCAUCAUUUCAGUCGAAAGCUUGAAUCUACUGUUUCUUUCGUUAUGAGUCAUGUGUCCCCAGCAAACUUUCAAGCUCUAGACCAGCGGGUAAGUGAGAAUUUUCCAUUUGGAAAAGAUGUCAAUUGUCGGCUUUGAAGACAAAGGCACAUGGCAGACAUUGUGAUGUUUCUUUAGAAUUUCGUUACUUCGAAGUUCAGAAGAUGGAUUCCUGACGCCUGUGUUUUGUUUUUUAGUAUUGGUCGAGCUUUAAAUUGAGUUUUGUGUUGUCUUUUUCCCGUAGUUCGCUGGUCUGGACUUGAAUUCAGGCGCGGUAAACCAGCGCGCUGUCGAUCAUAAGCCACAAGGUAUGUUACGGUGAAAAAAAAAAUGGUUAAAUGGUAAUUCAGGACCCAUUAACAGCAAAACAACUCUCUUAACAAGUGAGGAAAGAAAGAUGAGAUUUACCGGCGUCGUAGGAGCUCUAAUGCGUCUUUUCCACAGAACAAUAUGGCCUUUAUAGAGUUGAAUAUGUUUGGUUGGUAGAUUUUCCUAAUUUUCUCCUCCUUGUCGCCAGGGUUUUACGAUUUAUGUAAUCAAGCAUUAUUCCCUUUGCCAGUCUUUUUAUUUAAAUGAAGAUUUGAUUUUAUGUGACUUGUGUAAGCUUACUGCUAGUUUCUAAAAGAAACAUUGUUAUCUGAUAUCGUUAUUUUUUUCUCACGUCUGAGACGAUUUUAACUUGAAGUUGAAAAAUUUAGGUUAAAAAUUGAACAUCGAUUUAUUUGAAGUGUUUUUGGCUUCCAAUUGUUUCCCAGUUAGUAAUAGCAAUUCGCUAUUUUAAGCUGAAAUCAUUCUUGAAACUAGACUUAAGCGAGUCUUAUGUAAUAGAUCUAGACCGUUCUAACAUUUUAACUUCUACUUCAGGUUUUGGUUUUUUGUGUCUAAUAUUUUGUUUUAAGUUUUAAUGAGACUGUAGAUCUUUCCUGAACUCUUUUUCCUUUUCGCCGAGAAUUUUUCAUGAGGCAUAGAUUUCUGGAAUAUGCCAGAAGGGCGUCAUUUUAUGCAGGCUCACUGAGAUUUGAGAUUGUCAUCAACACAUAAAAAAUGUGCUAUAAAUUUGAUAAUUUCCUUUGUAAAAAACUUCAAUUUCAUUGAUGCUAUUGUUUAUUUGUUGCUGUUAACAAAAAAAUUGGUUAUUUGUCCCUGAUGUUUCUGUAUGAUUAAAAAAUGGUUGUGAAAGAUGAGAAUAUAAAUUGGGAAAAUGUUGUUUUGACAGCUGAAUUUAAUGUUAGGAUGGUAGGAGAAAUGCAGCAUUUACUUCCUCAUGUUAGUUGUAAAAUGUGGGAUCAUGUUGAGGUUUUCAGCCUCUGAAAACAUCUCAAGCACCCCAAACUCAUUUUUCCAAUCAUGAUCCUUGUAUCUCUUGUGAGGAGAUCAACUUUUUUUAAGAUAAAAAAGUGCUUAGACUCUCGAGUUUCAAUAACAUGUGACUCUGAAGUUCAAAUUCACACUUAAUUUUACAAGUAUCAAAUCUCGUGAUUUCGAAAAAAUCUGAUAAUACUCGUAAAAUCUAAAAAUCCCUACAAAUUCUCUAAAAAUCUCUAAAAUAUAAAUCCCUUAAAAUCGCAAAAUUAAAUACUUGCAAAAUAUGGUUCAUGAUUUUUCGCGAAAUUAAGUGAGAAUAAGGUAACCAACGGUGCCUUCUUUUGGAUGCACUAGAAGUGAAAAUCUGGGUUGAAUAGUGACAGUUACCUGAUAAAACAGUUGAUAUUUUGCAACACCACCGUUAGUUUCCUCACGAAAUGUCGUCUGUGGAACGAGCCCUGAAAUUCCAUUCUGCUGAUUUGUGACUGCCCAGAUGUGGGUAGCAACACAUCAGCAGUAUGGAAUUUCUUUACUGUUUCCUUGGACAUCAUUUCGCAGGGAAACCUGUGGUGGGGUUCUGAAAUGUUAGCUGUCUUCUAAGGCUAGGCGCCAGUUUGAGUUCAAAUAGACCCCCAUUUUUGAGACCUUAAGCAUCAGGUUUUUCAAGGGAAACUGCAGACUGCGAUGUAUUUGCCCUUUGUUUUCAUGUUGGUUAGCAAAAAGGCAAACGUAGAACAAGAAGGAAACAAGUAAAGAAAAGUUCUUAUGAUAACAUUAAUUAUUGCAACAUUUAUUUUGAGACUGCUUUUGUUGUUAUGUAGAACGAUAUGUACCUCCCCACCUUCGCAACAGACAAGGUCCCCCUUCUGGUAGAGAUGGGUAUCAGGAUCAAAUGUACAACCCUGGACCACGAGACUUUGGACCCAGGAAUCCUUACAGAGGUUUGUUUGCAUGUUCAUUGUUGUAUUAAAGUCGGUAACAGUAAGUUGUGCAAAAUAAGGCUCUUGUAAAGUCAAAAGAACAAGUGAAAUUUACCAGUAUUGUUGAAGCUGUGGCUGCCAAUGUAUCAAAAUCAAUCAAUGAUGUUCUUUACUUUCUCCAGAUGGAUUUUAUCAACAAAACUAUUAUGGGGGCUACGGAAGGGGUGGUGGAAGAGGAGGGUAUGGUAACCCUGGUAUGUACUAUGGCCGUGGAGGAGGGAACAGUUGGCGAGAACGAGGUGACAACCGAGGGUAUAGAGGAGGCAGUGCCAACAGUGGUAAGAGUUGAAAUACCUGUGUAACCUUGUAAGCCCCAACAGUUAUGACCAACAUUUUUUUCCUCCCAACAAUAUAAAUCCAUAAUCACAAGGAAAUGUUUUUGAGAAUUAAUGAAAUGAUCACUUAAGGGUAAACACUUUGAUCUUUUAUCAAAUUCUCUCCUCUAAAUUUUUAUGGAAAUGUAUAGAAAUCGGUCUGGAGAAUUUGUAAUGUGGAUAUAGAGACUUUGGGUUAACAAGUCAGCAGUUAUUUCUAUACUUGUAAGUGUGUGUGGUCUAUAGAUUGAUGAAAUGAGUCUUUUAGAAGUAUGCCAAGUAAAAUAAUGAUAAAAACUUUAACAACUUUUAAAACUCGAACAAUGUAGGACCAAACAACCCUGAUAAAAGGGUAGAUUUAAGACAAUUCAAAUGAAUUUUUGUAAAAAAAAUUUAUAAUGUUUCUCGUGUCACAUGUAAGUUAUACAUAUUUACUGUAUUUGCUACACUCAGAAAUGAAAUUGUGGUAUCAUUCCAAAACUAUUCUACCUGAAACUGAUCACUGUUUCUUAUUUUUUUCAUGUUAUUUCUUAGACUAUGGAAGAAACUUUCAACCACCACCAGAAGACUGGUCUAAGUUGUUGCCAAAAAAUGAUCGUGUGGAAAGGUAUAGAUUAUAUGUUAUUGAAAAGUGUGCCUGUAUGCUUCUCCUGAAAUAUGAUUAACAACUAAGCUGUGCCACUGUGUAAGAAUAACAGUUUAAGGUAACAGGCCCAAAAGCUCUAAAACAGAAAUUUAUGGUUAGUAUUAACUUAACCCUAAUUUUUAUUUCAGGGAACUUUUUAACAAGCAUAACACUGGAAUAAACUUUGACAAGUAUGAGGAUAUUCCUGUUGAAGCUACUGGAAAUGAUGUUCCCAAGUGCAUUGAAUUGGUAAUAAUUGUGCUAUAGAGGGUUGUUUGCAAAUUUACAACUGUUUUUAUCUCUUAUGUUACUGUGCACUGAGAAAUUGCACCAUUUCAAGUCACGUUAUCAACCAAACAGAAGAAAAACAAGAGACAAACACAGUGAUACCUUUUUUAGCCCUGCUUAAAAAAUAGGAAAAUAAUUAUUCUUUGAAAGCCUGGUUUUGCUUAUGAUGAUUACAUGUACAUACACCUGGCCCCGGUUGUUCAAACAUUGGAUAGUACUAUUCACUGGAUAAAGCAAUAUCCAGUGGGUAAAUAUUAGGGAAAUCAAUUGUUAUGAUUCAUCCACUGUAUAUUGUUAUCCACCUUUUGAACAACUGGGGCCUGGACUAUCUUAGCCUUCAGUCCUGUCCAGUUGAUUGCAUUCCUGUAGCAGUGCCGGAUCCAGCCCAUGAGAUAAGAGAGGAGGAGGGGGCAGUCUCCUUGGGCCUGGGUCCCCCUGGCCCCUCCCUGGAUCUGCCACUGUGUAGCCUGUGUUGCUGAAGAAGCACAAGGGUUAGGGUAAAGAUGCUAAAAAUAUAUGCAAGCUGGGGUGAAAGAAACAGGGCUUCUGAUAUUUCGCGCGGUCGGGGACCCGCGAAAUUCAGGCAUUUCCGCGAAAUACCGCAAAUUUCACCAGAAAUAUUUCCAAAUACAUGUCAGCAAAACAUAUUUAAUACUUAUCUUGGCUAUUAGACCUGUUUUAUUCACCCCAAACGUCCAAAUUUGUCUUGAAACUUCGUCACCGCAACGAGUAAACAACGUCCCAAAACUACCAGGCGUUCUUAGAUGAACGUUGCGAAAAAGUGGGCACUAACCAUAAUGUUAACAGCUUUUAUAGCAUUCGCUCAUUUCUCGAGCGAAAUGUUGUUGAAAGAGCAAAUGAUUAUCCCUGUUAAAAAAAAGGUUAAACAACGCUGGUCAUAUCAACGCAAAAUUGAUCGUUUUUAGUGAAAUUUGCCCCCCAAAAAACAGCGAAAUUGGCUGUUUUUUACUGAUUGUUUCUUGACGAAAUUUCCCGUGAAAUCGGCCAAAUUUUCUAUGAAUUUGCCCCUGAAAAUCCUUCGAAAUUUUACUUUUUUUCCGCUAAAAUGCCGCGAAAUCGGCCGAUUUUUCCGCGAAUUUUGACUUUUUUUCCCGCGAAAUCGGCCGAUUUUUCCGCGAAAUUUUGCUUUUUUUUCCGCGAAAUAUCAGAAGCCCUGAAGAAACACAUUUGCCCAAGUGGUUCAAAUUUCCACUGUUGUCUGUUAAUUUGAUUACAUUAUAGGAUACUGACCCCAUAGCAGUGCUUUCAUUAAUGUGAUGCCACAAUUGAGUGGAAACGUGUUUACUGUACAUGUAUUUAGUGUUACAGCAAAUGAUCAUAAUUUGUUUCCUUUGUCUCUAUUAGUUUACUGACUGCAACCUCGGUGAAAUCUUACACAACAAUAUUGGGGUAGGUAAUUGUUUUUUGUGUCCUACUUUCAUACGCAAGAUUAAUUUCAUAUGAUGUCUAGACUUCUCAAACUCGUAAAGAAAAUAGAAAGGAAAUUCAUGAGUGUUUCGAAAUCAGAUGGAAAACUGCUCAAGUUUUCCAUCCUUAAUUUCUCUUUCUAAAAUCAUUUCGUUUGAGAAAUAAUAUCAAGCAACCAAUACAAUGUUUCAUCAUCAGAUUGUGUCUUAUGCUUGACAUACUACAUCAAGAAUUUUCUGUUAAAAUUUUAGUUGUUCUAUAGUUUUUUCUAAACCAAUGUUAAGACUUAAGAUGCCAGAUGAAAUACCCAGUGUUUGAUUUAACUUUAAAAUGACCAAUUUUAUUGAGCUUGCAGAGAAACUGUUAGAUUUUGCUGUUUAUUAAUUUUUCUUAUAGUUGGCAAACUAUUCCAAGCCUACUCCAGUUCAGAAGUAUGCCAUAACCAUUGUUAAGGCCAAAAGAGACCUGAUGGCUUGCGCCCAGACUGGUAAAUUGUCUCAAUUUACUUCCUUGUGAUUACUUUUUACCUUAAAUGUCAAUGUUACUUAUUGUUGGUGAGAAAAAUAGAUGGCAGGAAAGAUGAAAUACAAAGAUGAGCUGUGUUACUUUUACAAUGUAACUGUCAUACUUGUUUGAUUUUUAGGAUCUGGAAAAACUGCAGCCUUUUUGAUCCCAAUUCUCAGCAGGAUUUUUGAAGAAGGUCCACCGCCCCCUCCUGAUGUAAGCAAGCCUUUCAAUUUUUGUUUGCUUUGAAUAAUAAGGCGUGUCAAUGAUGACAACACCUGCAAGUCCACUGUACAUGUCCCAUGUUAGACGCAUUUUAAAACCUCCUUCCAAGAGACUCUCUUCUUCUUGGCCUCUAGCAGUAUGGGAGCAGUGUGCAAAGAAAGUAGUGUCUGAUAGCCUGGGGCUAGUAGAUUUUGCUGUUGGGCUAGUAAAUUCUGUUCUUAACUUGCCCGACAGGCAAGUGAAGUUUUUUGAGGAAUUCAUAUUGCAGAAGAACUGUGAAAUCCAUCUGCUCAUCAAAACGUUUCUGGGGCUAGUUGAAAUGAUGUUUGGGCUGGUAAAUGUUACACCCUGGGGAGGAAUAGACCCUUAAAACAAAGUUGGAUUAGGAUGAAAAUGAGAGGUGAAAAAACGGCCCCCAAGUUGACAACACCUGCAAGCCUACUGUUUCCUACAGUAGGGCUUUAUCUAUGUGUUUCUCUGUUGAAUCUACAUGGGUGCUGUUUUCCCAGUCAAACUUGGAACCUCUUAUUAGAUUUGUGAGGUGUGUCAGAGAUGCCUGUUGUGCAAUGUUACAUUUUGCUUGGUUAGUUACCAUUGUACAGUUCAGUGACAUAGACCUGUAAGCUUCGUUUUACCUGGCCUGUCCUGUUUCAACAACUGAGACUUGAAGACUUCAUGAAAAUGCGGACAAUUUCCUUUAGGUGAGGCAACAGUCUCGACGAAAGUGUUUCCCUAUCAGUCUGGUUCUUGCACCCACAAGAGAGCUUGCAGUCCAGAUUUAUGAUGAAGCCAAGAAGGUAUCAGAUCUUAGUGUUUUUACCAUUUUGUGUUUUGAUGUUUGAACUAUCCAAUGGACAUACUAAAUUCAUAGAGUCAUGUUUGUAUUUUGGGUACACAUAAUGAGUCAGGUCAAUGAGGUUUCAAAUAACCAAAAGACUGUCAAACUCUGAAGUUCAGCUGUGCUUGCAUUAUGGCGCUAUUAAAUAACGCAGAGAAGAACAGCUGAAGAAAAAAGACCUUGUCACAAUAUUAUUUUUGUUAGUUGGUGCACAUUGUUUUAUGGAGGGAGAUAGGGUAAAUUUCUUAGAAACUACUCAAGAUAACAUCUGACCUUGCCAUAAAUCAUCUACAAGAAGUCUUGGGACCUCUACUUGAGUUCAAUCAAUACUGUGUCCUAAGAAAAAUUGAAGGGAGUCCAGUGAUCUGAACAUGUGAAAUCCAGGGUGCCCAGCUUAUGAUUUCUAUGAAAAAAAACUAAGAUUUUCUAGUCACUUGGGAGCAAAAGUUAGCCGCUGGGUACCACUAGAACACAGCCUUGUCAAUCUCAUAUUUUUUCUUCAACCCUUUGCAGUUUGCUUACCGAUCACACGUUCGUCCCUUUGUUGUGUAUGGUGGUGCUGACAUUAAUUCCCAACUAAGAGACCUGGAAUGGGGCUGUCAUGUCCUGGUGGCCACACCCGGUCGCCUGGUCGACUUGAUGGACAGGGGACGCAUUGGACUGGACAUUUGCAAGUAAGUUCAAGUCACAAGAUCUUACAUUCAUACUGUCACUGAUCAGAUCAUACAUCCUCAUGCUUGUAAAUUAAAAGGAGAAUUUAAUUUUAGAUCAGGAAUUUCACUUUUGGCCAUAUUCUGUGCACAUCUUAAAUUGAACUUCAAGAUAAUUCAACCCUCUCUGCUCGAACAUUCUAACUGUUGGUCAUUGUCAACUGUUCAAGAAAAAGGAAAGGAGGAAUCAGCCUAGCCCAGAUGUCCAUCCUUGCAUCGGUAUUAAUUCUUUUCAUUGGGGUCUUUCAUAAAAGGUUUGGUUGUAGUAGACUGAAGAUGAAACCCCAGACUGUUAGCAUUCAUAUAAAUCAAAGUUUUUGAGUACAGCACUUUUCGCUGCUGUACUGUAAGUUUCCACCUGUAUUUGAUUCAAAUUGUCAUGUCAUCAGGUUUCUUGUGCUUGACGAGGCUGACCGUAUGUUGGACAUGGGAUUUGAGCCCCAGAUACGUCGUAUUGUGGAUCAGGAUACUAUGCCUAAAGCUGGUGAUCGCCAAACACUGAUGUUUAGUGCCACAUUCCCUAAAGAAAUCCAGGUGAGUUAUUGCAGCUGACUAGUGUUUGUUUGCAGUCUGCUAUGUGUGUGAAUCUAAACUUAAUCAGUGCUAGCUACUGAUGCUGUAAACCAUUUUAUGAGCAGAAGCACAAACAAGCCCCUCCUAUGACCUCCUGAGGUCGCUAAUGAUUAAUACUUUAUUGUUCAUAACUACAGAAAAUGGCAUAAGCAAAUUAUUCAGACCUUAUCGAAAUGCGCAAUCUGACCUAUACAUGCAAAAGUAUGGGUAGGAUUAUUUAUUCUCUAUGCUUGUUAUUAUGAAUAGUAUAAUAGUCUUCUUGGAUGAGUUUUAGUUCUUCCUAAAGGUUGUUUUCCCUUUUUGUUAUGUUAUUAUGUUCUUGUGUACAUAUGCUACAGUUGAAAUUACAUUAAUCACUGACAUAUGUUAGGAGUCAUGUUAGGUAAAAUACAUUUAGAGGUAGAACUCUUGUUCAAGGUGACAGUUUUGUGGAAAUUUUCUUACAGAUGCUUGCAAGAGACUUCUUGGUGAAUUACAUAUUCUUGGCUGUGGGACGUGUGGGUUCCACAAGUGAGAACAUCACACAGAAAGCAGUGUGGGUAGAUGAACCAGACAAGAGGUCAUUUCUUCUGGAUCUGUUAAAUGCUUCAGGUAAGAGCUUAGUUGUUAAAGUGUCUGCCUUGGUUUAGAUUCUUGGUGUUUUGGUAUCUCUUUACAUGUAAGACCUACAGCGCUUUAAAAUGAUCAUAACUGUUCAAUAGACCUUUCCCGCAUUACACUCCGGUGAGCAAACACAAAGAAAUGAGGUCGAGGCUCGGGUGGAUAGUUUCAUACAAAUCACUGUAUUUUGUCCACCCGAGCCUCGAGUUGGUGCCUUUGUUCACAUGAAUGCGGGAAAGGUCUAUUAGCAAAUCAACAACAAUUUUAUAUGGUGUGUACUCUUAUCAAGCAGGAUGUUUAUUAGGCAUUGAACAGUGGAGAAUUCUCCAUUCACUACACAGAAUUCUCCGGCCAACGUUUGGUAGCCUCUGACUAUUUUUCUUCAGAUGUGGAGUCUCUUUUCAAAUAUUCUCCUGUAACAUAACACCUUUUUCCUGCUACUAGAAUUCUUAAUGAAAACCCUGAUCAACCGUGAAAUGACAUCUUAAUGUUCAAAACUAAAGUGGAACCAUGAGCUGCUGAGUCACUCCCUGUUAGGAAGGAGCAUUCAAAUCAUGGCUGUGGAAACUUGUUGAACAACUUCUAAAACUGAACCAGUCAUUUCUGGUCAUUAUACUUUGUGAUAAACUAAAAGACUAAAAUUUCUUUUCUUCCCUUUGCACGUUGCUCUAACUAUCAGGGUACACAUCCUGAGAGACACUGCUAGCAAAAAGUGAAUCUUGAUUGAUUCAUACUGCCUUAAAGGCAUGCCAGAUUUCUCAAAGUGUAAGCAUGGGUUAGUACAACUCACUGUUGUUAUUGACCAAUCAGAGUGCAUGCUUUACCUUUGUUUAAGUUCAACUAUAUGUCUAUUCUGGUAAUGAGUGAUGUAGCCUAGUAAUUCUUAUUACUCGCGUGGCAAGUAAUUAUUGGUAUUGACUGUGGUUGUUUACUUCUAUUAGGUCCUGAUGCCCUGACACUUGUUUUUGUGGAGACCAAAAAGGGCGCUGAUCUCUUGGAAGAGUACUUGUGUAAAGUUGGCUACCCUGCAACCUCUAUUCAUGGUGAUCGCUCGCAGCGUGAGAGAGAAGCAGCCCUCAAUUCCUUUAAGAGAGGUGUCACCCCAAUUUUAGUGGCCACUGCUGUAAGUUUUAUUGAGUAAUUUAUUUUUUCACUAGCAGCACUAGUACAAGUAUAAGAGUUCUUAGUUUCACCCUGAAAGUGUCAUAGGCAUCAGCAUAAUAAGCACAAGGAUCAAGGUACAGUAAUUCCUUUGCAUGUGCUUGUACUUGUAGUCACAUUAUGAGUUCUUUCUUUUUUUUUGAUUUGGAUUUGUUUAUUACUUUGUUCAUUCUAGGUUGCUGCUCGUGGCUUGGACAUUCCCAAUGUGCGCCAUGUGAUAAACUUUGACAUGCCAACAGAUAUCGAGGAGUAUGUGCACCGUAUUGGACGCACAGGCCGUGUGGGGCAUACAGGUAACCAAUACAACUGCAUGACUUGAAUGUUAUUCCUGCGCAUAUGUAGAUGCAGUAAUACUACUUUUGGGGUGAAUGAUAGUUGUGGUGCCCUAGUUCUGUGAUUGUUAUGGCAGACUUUCUAGUUUUUUAUGCAGGUUUUUUUUUUUAUCUUACUUAUUGUAUGUCUUGUAUUUUCUUGAACAGAUAAUUUUUAACCCUUUUACUUCCCUGUGUGGAGCCAUACAUGACAUGCAUGGGUCAAAGUGCCCUGUUCAUGUCUUUUCUUUUGAGUAUUCCCACUUUUGAUUCUUGAACCAUGUUAUGUAUUUAUACAUAGACUCGUACUUCAGAGGUCCUGAAUUCGAGUCUUGCCCCUUUUUCAGUCUUAACAGAAAAGCCAGAGGUGAAGUCCAAUUAAGAAAAUAAAGGAAUUUUUUGUCCUGAAGUCAGUUAUUUUGAAACGGUAUAUGGAAUAUGGUGGUAAAUGACUCCUGGUCUAAUAUCAAAAUCUACCAGGCUUUGAUUUAUAAGCACUGACAAGGCAAAUUGGAAGGAGAAACCUUGCAAUUAAUAUGAAAGUCACUUAGGUCCACAUCCAGGCACCCCUUAAAUAAAAAAAUUAUUGAAUGCUAUAUUCUGUCAGGUCUUGCAACAUCAUUCAUCAAUGAAAAGAACCGUAAUGUAGCCAAGGAUAUGGUUGACCUGUUGAAUGACACCAGGCAGGAAGUGCCAGGCUGGUUGGAGUCUCUUGCUUUUGAGAGCCAUCAGAACUCUGGAAGGAACAGGCAGCGGAGGUUUGACUCCAUUCCACUUGUUUGUUGGCUAUUAUUUAACCCUGGGCCCAGUUGUUCAAACGCCAGUUAGCGCUAGCCCGGGGUUAAAUUUUAACCCAGGUUUCUUUUUCUUUUUAUCAAAAGCAUAUUAUCAGAUAAUUUUCUCUAGUGUUUUUAGAGUAUCCAGUCAUCAAAUUGUAGGCAAAGAGAAUUAAACUGAAUUUGCUUUUUAAGCUCUCAUGUCCGAGUUCAAAUUUCGCACUAAUGGUGGGUUACCUUUACCCAGCUUCGAACAACCCGGCCCUGAGCUUUCCCUAGCUUGAUAUGAGAUCUCUCCUCCAAUGCCACUGCAGAAUAAAAUUACUCAGUUUCCUUUACAUGAUUGAUAAUGGCAGAUGAUCAUGAAUCUGGCAGCAGACUCUGGUUGUUAACAGAAUUUUGCCUGUGAAGAAGGAGUAAAUUGUGCAAGGGGAAGCAUGUUUUAGUACACAAAACAUAGUGCCUAUCGUAGCAAACAACAGAGAACACAUUACUAUUGUGGAAGUCCAUUACUUUCGCAAACCACGAUUUGCUGUUGAAUUCAUUUCUACCCCCAGCCCUAACAGUAAAACACCUUAGUGCAGCAUUUCAGAAACAAGACUAUUCCUGUGUUUUGUAUAAAUAGUCAUUCACAGAUUUUGAAGUUCUGUUGAAUCAUUACUAAUGUCCAGAAUUACACGAUGAUUAGCAAAGAAACUCACUGAAAAUCCUAACUUUCCAAUAGGCAUCCAGGUGGUUUUGGAUCCCGUGACUACAGGCAGCAGCCACAUCACCGUGGGGGUGGAGGUGGAGGCCCACACUAUGGGGGGUAUGGUGGGUAUGGCAACAUGGGCUACUGGAAUCAAAACCGCCAUCAUGGGCACAGUGCUGGAGCUACCGAUUGGUGGAACUAGAGCAUGUCUUGCUGCUGCUACUAUCAAGAGUUAUUUUGUUUCUUUGUUUGGUUAACAUUGAAGGAGUUAACCCAUUUUGUUCAGUCUUUGAUGAAAUAAGUUAAAUUGGAAAUGUUGCAUUGGCAAUAUCUGGCAUCAAAUAAGGCAUCUGGUGGUUAUGGAAUGGCGAGGAUGAAGCAGUUUUUGGCGACUUGGUUAUCCCAGGCUAGAAGGGAUCAAAGGAAAAAAGGAUGACCUAGUAGAGUUUACUCUAGGAAGUGCAGUGGUCCAGAGUGCAUCCAUACAAAGGCUCUUCAUUGAAUGUCCUCAAGGAAAGGCUUGGUUCAGUUUAUACAGACUACUGCCACAAAGCACCCAGAGACAUGUUCUGUUAUUGUUUUCAGGGCACAGUUCAAAAAUGCCUGUUUUAACAUGCUUAAUGUACAGACUUCUUGCAGCAGACACAGAAAUGGGCAUGAGAAAAUCAAAAGAAAUAUUUAACAUCUUUGGUGACAAUAUUUUGAAAGCUAGCAUCGUUUUUAGAUUGACGUCCAUGUAUGAAUAUUAUUAGUAAUUCACAUGUGUUCAAACAGAUAAUAAUUAUUAACUGUUGUAGUUAGUUGAAAGUACUUGAUGAGAAUGAUUCCAUGACUACAUUUACAUUUAGAGCUUUAGUUGUGAGAGACUCACAAGGUUAGGCUUUCCUUGAAGCCCAAUCAAAUGAAGGUGGUUGCUGUGUUGCAUAGGUUCACCACCAGAAGUGUCUUCAAAACCACUUGAGAACUCUUGAAGUUUGCUUAAUAUGUGUCUGUUGUUCAAGUUUCAUUAUGGCUGGCAUGUUCUACAGGGAGAUAAAAGAAAAAAGAUAUCUUGACAUGCCUCAGGAUUUUGUUUGGAUUCAAAAAUGUAGGAUCUGCAACAUCAGCAGGUUUUUGACUCUAAGAAAAAAAAAAUGCCCUUUUUUCUGAAACAAUGAGCAUGCAUGUAAUGUUGGAAUCUAAAAGGCUUUCCUUUGUGUCAUUUUUAUUACCAGCAAAUCUUGAUGAAAUGGCAGUCAUUUGAAAGCUUCUCACAUAUGCAAAACGAUGUACAUUCACAGCAGAAGAGAUAAGAAUAAUGGUAAUAUUACAUGCUUGGUGGCUUUAUAGAUACAUAUGUCAGAGUAUUAAUUUUUAAUAGAGAAUAAUUUUAUACUCUGGGUUUUUGGCCACCUUUAUUUUGAGGAUAAAGAAACGACGAGAGCUGUGAGUUGUAAAUCCGAAACAUGUACCAAAUUAUGGUUUUGUAUAUAAUCAAGUUUCUCUUCUUCCCGCUAAAGAAGUUUAAUAUAUUUUAGUGUUCCUUGACUUAAAAAAAGAUAACUUUCUGCUUUCAGGGGGUUGCCUGUACAUUCUAAAAUUUACCUUUAGUUAAAGAAAAUUUGAAUUGACAGCAGAUGAAAAAACUUUCACACAGGACAGUCUUCUGGACUUUAUUCACAGACUCUAGAGAGUUACAACUUCAGUUUAGUCUAAUUUUUGCAACUUAGAGGCAGAAUCAUAGGUAACGCAUGGUUUCCUGAGUUAUUAUUAAUAAUAAUAUUUUUUGUCUUCUGUUGUGAUAGUGUAGCUGUCUGCCUUAUACCCCAAAAAAGUUGUCGCCAAAGUAUUUAUGAUGAAUUGCUAGGAGAGAAAAAUGUCCAUUUUGAAACAUCAGAGAGGUUUUACACUUGACUCACACUUGAGUGGUAUCAAUAUUUUUUUUUAACAAUACAAAAUUUUCUCCUACACGCACUAAAUAGAAUUGUACAGUAGUAGUUUAUGAAAUCCUUUAGAGCUGACUUAGGCAAAAAAGUUUCAGGGUUAUAACUUCACUUUUGUAUUAACAUUCAGUUAAGGAAAACAUCUCAAACAAGCUUUUACAUAAAAAAGCAUCCCUCAAAUGUGGAAAGUGCUUUUGACAUUUUUUGUGGGCUUUUAUGUUAGAACUAAAACAUAUUAAAGAGCCCAAAGAUGCUAUGUUAUUUGAUAAAAAUCAUGUUGGGUUACAAUAAAAUGUUUCAAUUCAUCAUGGAAAAUGAUGUUCACUUUCUGUGCAUAGCUGGUUAUCCAUCUGAAUGUCUAGAAAUAAUAAUAUCAUCUAUUUGAAGUUUCCGCAAUGUAAUAUGCUCACAUAUCUAGAGUAUUUAUUUUGUUCAAAAAUUAUGAAAAGAGUUCAGCAGAAGUUUCCCGUACCAGGCCAAACAAAUUUCCCUUUUGGAUGUUUAUUAUUAAGGAAAAAGUAAUGACUGAUAUUUCUAGUAAAUGUCAGUAAUUAAAUUAGAUAUACUAUAUCAAGAAGUGUAAUACCAUGCAAGGUAGAAGUCAAUUUUAAUGCCAAACAUUGAACUUUUUUUUUUUUUUUUGCAAAAUACUGAGAUGGUACCUUUAUAAGCAGUUGUUAAAGAGUGAGCGGAAGCCAAAAAUGUGGAAGUUUUUGUGCAAACAGAUUGACUUGUGUGAACAUAACCUCACUCUACUUAAAACUGUGGUCCUAUAAAGCAGAUUCAUGUGACGCAAAACUAGGGUUCAGUGUGAGUUUGGUUGGAUCACGUAAAUAUUGUUUUCUGUUUAGCGAAGGAAUCUUAAUCUUUAUCGUCUUGCCCAUAGCACAUCUAUCCCCUGAUGGUUUGGUUUAUUACUUCUACCUUGCUUCUUUUGCUGGCAGAUCAAGAAAUGGUGUAUAUGGACAGCAUAUUUCAGUGAAGUGUGCAGUCUUCAGUCACUAGCCUAAGUUUAGUUAGUUAAUGUUUAUUUUGUUGAUAUGGGUCAUUUCUUGGGGGAGAGCUCACUGCCUUGGCAGUCACGUUAUUUGUAUUUGAUGUCAGAAGCCAAUAUAUUAUGAACAUUGCAGUG